GGAGCCUUAUGCAUACCAGGCAAGCUCUGUACCACUAAGCUAUCCUUAGCCCUUGCACACACAUAUUUCUAUUCAACUACUAAAAACUAUCUUUAGUCUUUAUUAAGAAUAUUCUCAGACAUUCAGCCAGCCUUUCCAGGCAACACACCUUCUACCCUGGCCCAGUUUGUGUGUAACCUCGCGGAAAUGGCCCCAGAGCUGGUGAAUGCUGCUGUGGCUUACUCAAAGCCGCAACUGGCCAUAUUUUGGCAUCAUUCCAAGGUUGAGCUUGUUCCUCCAACCCCUGAUGAGAUCCCUACAGCUAUUCAGAGCCUGAAAAGAAUAGUCAAGAGUGCUCAAACUGGUAGCUUCAAACAGCUCACAGUUAAGGUAGCUGUGCUUAAUGGUUUGGUGGCCACUGAAGUGUGAAUGCUAUUUUAUAUAAGAGAGAUCAUAGGCAAGCGUGGCAUAGUUGGCUACAACAUUUGAAGACCAAUCUUUAACAUCUGAUUAUAUUUGAUUUUUUGUUUGAGUUUUCUUGGACCAUAUAUGAUCAGAUUGCUAUCUGAAUAAAAUAAGAUGU